UUAGUUUUCAGCACACAUUCAGACUGAAGCCAUUUUCUAAUUAGUGUCUGCUCAUUCCCAUUCCCUUCAGAGUUUUAUGGCUGCUCAAUUGCCCCUUUCUGGUUAAGGCUACAGAUAGCAGAAGAUAUUUCAGGGCUAAUGGUGCUUUGUAUCUGCAGGAAGCUCAUGUUUAUAAAUGUUAAUCAGUGGCUGAAUUGCUUCAUACAGGUUGAAGAUGAGGACUUUCAUAAUAAUGGCAUGUUUAUGCCAAGGAAUGGUCAACUUGGAAGAACUGAAAACUUCAGAAAGACAUAACACUAGAUAUAAAGUGGAUCCUGAGUGCUUUCUCAAUAUUAGUGAGAUUAUCCAUUUUCAUAACUAUCCAAGUGAGGAAUAUCAUGUUGAGACAAAAGAUGGAUAUAUACUUACCAUCUACAGAAUACCACAUGGAAGAUAUGAUGGGGCAAAUAAAGGCACACGACCUGUUGUGUUUUUGCAACAUGCUCUCCUUGGAGAUGGUUCCCACUGGAUUUCUAACCAGCCGAACAACAGUUUUGGUUUCAUAUUAGCAGAUAAUGGUUAUGAUGUUUGGAUUGGAAAUAGCAGAGGAAACACCUGGUCUUCACAUCAUAAGUCACUGAAGACAUGGCAGCAAGAAUUCUGGAGAUUUAGUUUUCAUGAGAUGGGAUACUAUGAUAUUCCAGCAGUUGUAUACUUUAUCUUGAACAAAACCAAACAGCAGCAGCUAUACUAUGUGGGCCAUUCAGAAGGCGCAAGUACUGGUUUCAUCUCAUUCUCUUCUUGGCCAGAACUGGCUAAAAGAAUCAAGGUCUUCUUCGGACUGGCACCUGUAACCACAGUAACAUUUGCUGCAAGUCCUGUAUUAAAAUUAAUGAAACCUUAUAUAACGUUUCAUAAGAUGUAUGGCUACAAAGGAAUCUUCCAGUAUCAUACUAUUCUGAGGAAGCUAAUAGUUGAGUUCUGUUAUGCUCAACCUGAAUUCUGUGAACGUAUUAUGUCUUCUAUAGUUGGUUAUAACACCCCCAAUGUCAACAUGAGCCGUUUGGACAUGUAUGUUGCACAUUCUCCUGCUGGAACAUCUGUAAAAAAUAUUGUUCAUUGGAUGCAGAUCUAUAACAAAAAGCAGUUUCAAGCAUAUGACUAUGGCACCGAGAUAAAGAAUAUGGAGAACUACAAUCAGGUGACUCCUCCUGUAUACAAGAUAGAAGACAUAAAAAUACCCAUUGCACUCUGGACUGGUGGGGAAGACUUAUUUGUGAACCCAAGAGAUUCCGAGGCAUUAAUAGCACGGAUUAGUAACCUCAUUUAUCAUGGAUGUAUUCCUGAAUGGAAUCAUCUAGACUUCAUUUGGGGACUCGAUGCGACUGAGCGUAUGUAUGUGGGUAUCAUUGAGAUAAUGGAAAGGUAUCAUUAAUUCCCCAGCAGUGAUGUACAGAGAAAGCAUGUUGUAUGAUGACAAUCUGGUAACACACCUUGAGGCUGCUUUGAAGCCUUAAUGCAACUGAGCUGAUGAAUUAGAUGAAGAAGAAACAUUUGUAAUCUUACGUAAUGCUAUUUCUUUGGUGGAGGUUAUUGGAAGUCUAAAGAAUCCUUUGGGAUUAAAAGAAUUUAUCCAUCCCUUGCUACAUUUUUGCUUUACAUCUGGCAAUAGUAAUGCCCUUCAUGUUUGCUGGCAUUUAAUAAAAAUAUACGAUAGUUGGGCAAAGCUUUUAGUUAGAUGAAUGGUUGUGUUUUAGUAGUCCAUCAA